AUGGGAACAACCAAGCAUGCUGACGGCAGCUUCAUCACUGUCCUUCUGCAAGAUCAUAUGGGUGGUCUACAGGUCCUUCAUCAGAACAAGUGGACUCAUGUUCGUCCUGUGACUGGGGCUCUAGUGGUCAACAUUGGAGAUCUUCUUCAGCUUAUAUCAAAUGACAGAUUCAAGAGUGUAGAGCACAGGGUACUGGCAAACCAUAGAGGUCCAAGGAUAUCGGUUGCGAGUUUUUUUUGCACAGGAAUGCUGCCAUCAACAAAGCUUUAUGGACCUAUCAAGGAGUUAUUAUCAGAAGACAAUCCUCCAAAGUACAGGGAGACCACUGUGAGGGACUAUAGUGCACACCACCGCCUGAGAGGCUUGGAUGGUAAACCUUCCUUGUCUCAUGUCGAGCUUUGA